CUGGAAAGCUCAGCUUUGACAUCUGCGCCAGCUGCAUCAGCUUGAGCGCGGCCAACUUAGUGAAAGCCGGUUCCGGUUUGGUCAUUUUUCUAAUGACCGGCUGCGUACAUAGACGCGUAAUUAUUGAAGAUUUAAAUCGGAAGGCAUCGAGCGCUAUUGGGAAAUUUUUUAUUGUCUUUGCUAUUAUUUGGAUUGGUUUUGCUGCCUUCAAGGCCUUGUUUCUCGCUUCGCAGCAUACCGCCAGUUUGCUUCGGCCAAGUGCCGCAGCUUAUCCAGCGGAGCACCCCUGCAGGCCAUUCUCGGCCAGCGGAGCACCUCUCCGGCCCUCACGGCCAGCGGAGCACCCCUGCACCGGCCCUCUCGGCCAGCGGAGCACCUCUCCGGCCCUCACGGCCAGCGGAGCGCCUCUACAGGCCACUGCCUGGCCAGCGAAGCGCCUUUAGGUGCCAACUUUAACUCUCAUCUCAUCUUUGCUUUCCUGAACAUCAGCGACCAGAUCGCUUACAUAUAUAGUGUGUGUGUGUGUUAAAGUGAAUUUAUGAGAAAUUAAAACCAAAUCUGAAAAGUUUAAAAUGAUGCGCUACAUUGUAUAAAACAAAAAAAUAGUGAAACAAUAUGAUAGAGUAAAAGCUCAACAGUGUAGCGCCGCUCAGCACAAGUUAAAAUGAAACAUGUUGAGAAAAAUUUAGUAUAGCAAAAAUCGCAGA